AUUUAUCAAUGGGCCUUUUUAUCAACAGUUAGUGGACUUCUUAGGUAGGCUUAAUAAUUUCUGAGCUUAUCUCACAACGAUGCCGUUUGAGUGGAGACGAAGGCGUUUCCGGUUCUCUUCUCUCGUCGGAGUUCUGAGGUAAAAAAAGAAUAAGGAGAAGAAGAAAAGCAAAAGCAUAAAAGAGAGUAGCAAAGACUGAGAAUGGAAAGCUUGGACACUAAUUUUCCUGUGCGCCAUAGAAAGGUCUCGUUUGAAAGUAAGGGAAACAAGACAGAGAUUGUGAUCUGCAGCUAUGAAGAUCAUAUCCUUAUCAUAGCAACACAGAUUGGUGCCAUGGGAACUAUAUUGCACGCAAGGAAGGAAGAAGGGAUGUCUGUUGAACCAACAUUUAGUGUUUCAGUGAUAUUCGGAAAGCGAGACGAGCCAAUGCUGACAGCAACUGCUCGAAGACUCAUUGAACACAUAAGUUCUAUUGUUCCCUCGAAGCCUCUGGUUCUCUCACUUGGUCUCAAAGAUCAUUCUUCGGAGACGUUGAAGGAAAUAGUAGCGACAGUGAUUGAGAAUCGCCUUUGGUAAUACAUAUUGUUGUCCAUGUUAAAAGGAGAACGAGAAGAUGUUUUAUGUUUUAGUCUUGGUUGAUAUAAUUAGCAUGGAGUUGUGGAAUCUUUUCUUGUUUAUACUGAAAACAUUGUUUUUGAGAUAAAAGUUAACAACAAGUACACAUUUUUUUCACA